AUGGACAAACUCGCUGGUCUCGCAUCCAAGCUCGGCGGAAGCCAAUCCACACCCGCCAACCAGACUCAGGGGGAGCCACAGAGCCAGCAGGAGGAUCUCCUCGAUAAGGGUACCUCCCCUCCACCCCCCGCGGAAAGACGCCUCGAUGCUCUUGAACAGCGCCUUGGAGGCGGCAAGAUCGACCCGGCCCAGCUGCGCUCGACGAAUGAGAAGAUCACCGAUGCUGCUCGGGAGCAAUUUGAGAAGGCUACGGGGUAG